AUGAAAAAUGUAACCGAUUCUUUCGUUUCCUUGGGUCACUGGCCGUCCGCCGGGAGUUUCGGGUUUAAUACCGAUAUUUUAGCAACAAAUCCAAUAAAUCUAAGUGUAGUGCUUGGUGUAUUGAUCUUUUUUGGAAAGGGAGUGUUAAGUGAUUUAUUAGAUAAUCGAAAACAGAGGAUCUUGAGUACUAUUCGAAAUUCAGAAGAACUACGUGGAGGGGCCAUUGAACAGCUGGAAAAAGCCCGGGCCCGCUUACGGAAAGUGGAAAUGGAAGCAGAUGAGUUUCGAGUAAAUGGAUACUCUGAGAUAGAACGAGAAAAAUUGAAUUUGAUUAAUUCAACUUAUAAGAAUUUGGAACGAUUAGAAAAUUACAAAAACGAAACUAUUCAUUUUGAACAACAAAGAGCGAUUAAUCAAGUCCGACAACGAGUUUUUCAACAAGCCUUACAAGGAGCUUUAGGAACUCUGAAUAGUUGUUUGACCAGCGAGUUACAUUUACGCACCAUCAGUGCUAAUAUUGGCAUGUUUGGCACGAUGAAAGAAAUAACUGAUUAG